GGAUCUAUCUGGGCGGCCAGGGUUGGUAGAGGCAUACGAUACAACCGAACGUUGCAAAAAUGAGCAGCUCCAGCUUCCUCUUCAGCAAUGGAGUCAUCUUGCAUCCCUCUGAUGCUCCACCCGUCUCUACCUUCCUCGAAUCCCAUCCGGGAGCUUAUACCACGACUCGCACCCACAACAACGCUUCGUUUCUCUUGUUUUGGGAUAGGCAUUUGCAGAGACUGGCUAACUCUGCGAGAAUUCUGUUCGAAUCAAAGCCAGAUUUCUUGUUUGAAUCGAGCAAAUCUUCGUUCUCGUUACCCUCUUUGCCGGCGACUUCAUCGUCGAGGUGGGAUUCUACUGUACGAUCAUUAGUCAACGAUGCGUUAAGUGAAGUGGUUCCGGUUGCGUUGGGUGAGAAGAGGGUUGGGGAGGAAUUGGCGGUUACGACUCUUGUUACUGGGAAUUUGGAGAAAUUGAAAGAGAUUGACUGUGUGGGUGGUGAUGGAUUUUCUGCUCUUCUUGAUGUACGCGUGCAUGUUCAGCCUUAUGUUCUUCCGGCGUUUGGCUUUGGAGUGAACGGUGCGCACUUGGCUGUGGUGGGUCGUGGAAGGGAUGUGGCGGCUGCCAAGUAUUCCAAUUGGGUAAGGUUUGUACUCUCUGUAGAUUGCAUUGCUUUUGUUCAUCAUUUAGGGUUUGUGUUUUACGCUGUUAGAAUUGAAAGAGGAAAAAUGGAGAAAUUGUGUGAUUAAGCUUAAUUCCAUGACAGUCAGGUUGUCUUUUCUUCUUCUUCUUCCUUCCAUACUCUUUGGUUAUACAAGUGAUGAUCUAACACUUUGAAUUCAAUUUCUUGUUAUGGUUUCUGUAUAUAUGUAUUUUGGUAUGGGGAUAUUACUUUCUAGAAAGGCUAAGGAAGGGUUUAGAGAAAUUGAGGCCUCCUUCAGUGACUGAGCUUUUGUUAUCAAAUGAUGGUGAUCAAAUACUUGAAGGCAGCAUAACAAACUUUUUUGUUGUUUGCCGAAAGGAUAAGAGUGAAUCUAAGGGGAAUGACUUGCAUGAUCAUGGUAGUGCAUAUUCAGUUGAAGUGCAGACUGCUCCGAUUGGUGAUGGCGGUGUCCUAAAAGGAGUUAUACGACAGCUGGUUAUUGAAGUAUGCUUGAGCAAGGGUAUUCCAGUACGUGAGGUUGCCCCAUCAUGGGCAAAAAAAGACCUUUGGGAGGAGGCAUUCAUUACAAGUAGCUUGAGAGUUCUACAACAUGUGGAGACAGUUAAAGUUCCAAGUUUUUGGGAAUCACUGGAAUCAAAAUCUUGGGAGGAAAUACCAUGGAAUGAGAAACGGUUUAAGGAGGGUCCUGGAAUGAUCACAAAAAUAAUCCAGGAGGAGAUUAUGGUGAGGGCUCACCUGGAAGGCUUCCCAUUAAGCAAGUUUGUAUAACAGAGAAUGAAUUUGUUCACUUUGUAUCACGUACAAUGCUCUCUUUUACGCGAACUUGGAAGUGGUCACCGACAAAGACUGUUAAAUAAGAAGUAUGCUCCAUUUUCAAUAUACUGUGAAUCAUACUUGUUUCUGCCAUAUUUGAGCCUGCUUACCUUGAUUGCUCGAUAAAUUUCUCAGGCUCAUUAGUGAGAUGGACUUUGGCCACAAGAGAAAAAAAAGGGUGAGAUAGACCUCCAUGCUUGUACUAUUGUAAUAUAAGAAUUCAUUCAACAGCGGAAUGAUUUUUUUUUUUUUUGUCGCUUGAAUUGUGUACA